GGUAGCCCGCAUCUCAAAGCGCUUUGUUACAGAUGUCGCGUCGGGGUAGCACACUGUGCAGUCUGUCCACGAUGUCUACAGAGAAGCUGAUCGAACUGGUGUACAGACAUCCUGAACUAUACGACAAGAAUCACAGAGAUUUUAGGAAACUGCAGAAGAAGCAACAACUUUGGAAGACAGUCGCCCGUCAGCUGGGAAGUCGGAAUAGUGACCAGAUGAAACGAAAAUGGAAAAAUCUUCGCGAUACCUACGCAAGAUAUUUGAGGAUCAGCUCGGAAGAGGGUUCUAGCACUAAACGGUGGAUAUGGUCUGAAAAAAUGGAGAUUUUUCGCCCCUUUGUGCCUCUCGGGUCAAGUUCUGCAGAAGUGACUGGCCCCGAACCUGGGAGUCCGUCACUUGAAACAGGGGCAGAAUCAGAAGACAGUGCACAUGAGGAGGAAGAGGCGGCUGCACAGGAGUCGGAGCUAAGACCUGGGUGCCCCCUGACACACCCGCAACACGAACUGAUCACCUGCGAUUUGGACAUAAACACUGAAGCACCUGCUGUACCUAAACAGGAAACAGACAGGUUAUCUUUCCAGGAGCAACUGCCAGCAUCUACUGAAGAAGUUUGUGUGCCACCUGGUGCCAAGAUGAGGGCUGCGACGGCUCCCACAGAACCGCAGGCUCCCGUCAUCACUUAUCUAGAUAGCAGAGCAGGUACUGAUGAAAUAGACAGUUUGUUUCUGGCAUACGCCACGACAGUGAAAAAGUUCUCCCCUAGGAGGCAGGUUAUGACUAAACUAAAAUUGGCACAGCUCAUAGCUGAGGAAGAACUCGCACAUGUGGAUGAAACUGAUCUAUUGGCAACACAAACUUUUAACCACUCCACACUACCGUAAAGCACCUGCCAAUUGAUGUUGCGUAUUAUCGUAGAGGUUCUGACAGGCCUCAUUCUUCUCCCUUCGAACUGUUUAAUUACAGAUAAACCUGAAAAGAAGCAGUUACAGUUUUACUUGCCUGUAGCGUAAUAGCUGGGUCUUAAAUACUCAACACUGUUUGUAAAUAAACUGUUAACACUU